AUGGACAAGUUACCCUAAUAACCUGUUUAAGGUAGAAAAUACAAUUUUAAUGGCGAGCAGAUUGGAUUACCUUAGGAAAUGUUAUAAUAAAUUGAAGCUGAAUGGUAUAAUUGCUUUGGCGUUGGUCUCACUAUGAUUGAAAUGUUCAACAAAAAUCCAAAAUUCUUGAAUUACAUUGCAUAAGGUGAACAAGCUAUGAAAAGACUUCUAGGAAUUCCUGCAGAAUUUAAGAUCUACACUAUGCACUGUGGUUAAGCUUUGCAGAUAGCAGCUGUACCUCUUAAUUUGUUGGAUAAAAAAGAUACUGCUACCUACAUCAAUUCGGGAUAUUGGAGCCAAAGAGCUAUUGAUGAGGCUAAAAAAUAUGUUCCUCAUCUUAAUAUCACUUAAAAUAUUCAACUCACUCCUGGAACUAAAAAAAUUACUUUGGCAGACCAAGAACCCUUAUCAGCUAAUACAGCUUACAUUCACUACGUUUCUGAUGAACCCGCUGAUGGAAUAGCUCUUAACAUUUAACCUAGACGUUAAACUGAUAUUGCUCCUAAUGCUUUAAUGGUUGCAGACUUAUCUGCAGAUUUCUUAACUAGAGAAAUUGAUUGGUCAUAAAUAGAUGUUGCUUAUGUUAGCAGUGAAUAUCAAAUAGGUAUAGCUGGAUCUAUCUUCUUGAUAAUUAGAGAAUCCGCUAUGAGAACUCCUCAUCCCUAAUGCCCUUAUAUGAUUGAUUAUGCUGCCUUGAAGGCCACAGACGGUCUACCAAACACUCCACCCACAUUCCCUUAAUAUAUGAACGCCUAAUUCUUCUUAUAUGCAGAAAAAAUGGGAGGAGUAAAGGAAAUCCAAAAGAAAAUAAAUGGCUAUGCACAUCGUAUUUAUACAGAAAUCGAUGCUCAUCCUCUUAUAUAUCAAAAUAAAAUCUCUGAAGAGUUCCGCUCAAACACUCAUAUAGUUUUUAAUGUCUUAGGAGUUUAGCAAGAUCAACACUUUUUAGAAGAAGCCAACAAGAGAGGCAUUGUAGGAUUGCAAAAUAAAAGAGGUUAAGGUAUUAGAGUUUCAUUAGGUUUAGCAACAACUGAUGAAGCAAUAACUUGUUUAGUUCAAUUUUUGCAAGAUUACGCUACUAAAGUAGCCUAAGCUUCAGUUUGA